AGCAUGGAUGUUGUCCAGCUGGUGCUGCAAAAAGAGCCAAAAUUCGAUGCACCACCGGCGCGGAUCGAAAGAAACCUCAAUACCCUGACAACUCCGCUAGCCGAGGCUAUAUACUCGCGGAACGAAGAGUCCAUUCGCAUCUGCGAGAGCGGCGGCUCGCCAGACAGCCUAGAGCAGCCUACCCACUUCAGCCUUGCCAUCAUUGCCGCAGCCUCUUGUGGCAACAAUGAAUACGUUUGCAAGAUGCUCGGAUCCAAGCAUCCCAAGCUCGCCGCCGACAUAUACAAAGCGCUCCGCUGCGCGAUCGACGGCGGGCACGACGGCGCGAGCCUGGAACUGAUCCAGGCCGAGGCGAGCGCCGGAUCACAAUUCUUGCCGUACAGCAGGGACGGCAGAGGCCGAAGUCCCCUCUUCGCGGCUGUGUUUCGGCGCAACCGACGCCUUACCGACAAGAUUCUGGAUCUUGGAAGCUUCCGAGCAGACUUCAACUCGGAAGCACAACGGACUGUGGACGGAAAGGUGGUUUUUACAGCAUUGUGGCAGGAGCUGAUUGCGUGGGGAGACAGAGAACUCAUCCUCAAGGCAAAGCAAGCUUUUCCAACCACGUCUACGGACGAAGAAUCCUACGAGGUGAGCCCAAGCCGGGUUGACGGCGACAUGUUGACGUUUCUGGUCGAACACGGGGUGGUUGGGCCGCGCGGCCUCACCAAACACCUCAAGGCAGCAAUCUGGCACCGAGACGACAGUUUGAUGGAGAUUUCUAUUGACCUGGGGGCCAACCCGGUUGACGACGGCAUCCUGCUUGCUGCCACGCGCAACUACCCAGAAGCUUUGCCUCUCCUCCUCGGCAAAGUCCCCAAGGCUGUUCUGACAUAUCUAUCCAAGUCUAUGGAUCGCCACCAGCCUGCCGGCAUCAAAGCCAUAGACGAGGCUAUCAUGCAAGGGCCAGCAGGGCUAAAAGCACUCACCCACCUACUCGAAUCAGGAAUUGUGCACAUGCCGACGAUGCUAGCAUAUUACCACGCGCCGGGCUUGAAACACUGGCGUGGCAUGUCAAACUUUUUCGGGGUGGCGAUCGGCACGGCACACGGGUACUACGACGAUAGCGAGGGCGACGAUGGCGAGGACGACGAUGGCGAGGCUGAAGGUGUCGAAUUCCCCAUCGUAACCUACCUGCUCAAGAUCGGUUGCGACCCAGACAUGGUCGUCUACGUUGACGAAUCCGAUCUCAUGGCCCGCACGGCGCUUCUGAUGGCGAUCGAGAGCGAAGACGAAGACCUGGUCGAGCUCAUGCUGAACCACGGCGCCACGGCCAACAAGGCGGCCGACCUCGGCCUGCGCUGGACGCCUCUGCAAAAGGCGGCAGAGCUGGGACUGCCGCGCGUGGUGCGCAUGCUUCUUGACCGGGGCGCCGACGUGAACGCCCCCGCGCCGGUGCGGGCAGGGGGCACGGCGCUACAGCUGGCGGCCAUCUCGGGCAACUGCGCCAUCGCGGGCGAGCUGCUCGAGGCUGGGGCGGACCUGCAGGCCAGCCCCUCGCUGAUCGAGGGCCGCUCGCCGCUCGAGGGCGCGGCGGAGCACGGCAGGACAAACAUGGUCGAGCUGCUGUGGGAAUUUGGGAACGGCUGCUUUGACGACACCAUGUGCGAGCGAGCGAUGGGGCUGGCCAGGGAAAACGGAGCUCAUUGCGAGCCUGGUGGCCAAACGCGCGCAAGACCCCUUUGA